GGUCUAGCUGGCUUGUCUGGAUUUCUCCAGCCUUGCACACUGGGAACUCAAAGUACCACUCUGUAUUGUGUUUUGUAAUGGACAAUUAUUGCAGUCGGAGCAGUGGCAGCGAGAUUAUCGUCUUCCCCUCUCCAUCCCCCUUGCCCUGGCGCCUGUGAAACGGAGCAUCCCCAUGGCAACAGCGGCGGCUGGUCCCUUGAUAAGAGGAGCUGGAGCCCAGCAGCAGCCACUGCUGCAGAGAAGCCGGCCCAGCUUGGGGAGCAGGCUUGCCCUCCCCUUCUCUCGCCUUCUCAUCCCAGAGCCUGCACUGAUUGUGAUCCAGGAAUCUCAAGAACAGAGGAUCGGUUUGGGCCAUUUUAAUCUUUUUUGUCUUGCUGGAGAAGAUAUACCUCCUUCGAUGAUGUCCACUGAGCAAAUGCAGCCACUGGAGCUCUCAGAAGACAGGCUGGACAAGCUAGACCCUCAUCGUGAGCACUUAGAUGACCUUUCAGACCAGUUCAUUAAGGACUGUGAUCUCAAAAAGAAGCCCAGAAAGGGAAAAAAUGUGCAGGUUGCCCUGAAUGUUGAGUCAGACCAAAAGAAACCAAGAAGAAAAGAUACACCGGCAUUGCACAUCCCACCUUUCAUACCAGGUGUGCUUUCAGAACAUUUCAUUCAAAGAUACGAUGUUCAAGAGAGACAUCCAAAGGGCAAAAUGAGUCCAGCUGUUCAUAACACUGACCUGGAACAGAAAAAACCAAGGAGAAAAGACACACCUGCCCUGCACGUGUCCCCCUUUGCAGCAGGUAUGACACUGCUCAGGGACGAGAGACCCAAAGUGAUCAUGGAAGAUGACGAAAAGGAUGGUGACAAAAUAGCUAUCUAAACAGAGUUCCCCUGAGACCCUUGUAAAUAGGUUAGAUUGGUUCCCUGUGGCGACCUAGAAAAAAAAUAGACUUGCUUCUGCUCUCAUUUUGUCAUAAUCUGCCUUUAAGAUCCAGACACCUUUCCCCCAGGAGGCAUACUAUAUCAGAUUGCCAGUCACCUCUUUGACUCUCUCUUCUUUCUUGAAUCCGGUUUCUAUUCCCGCCUCUUGACUUUUCGUUUUCUAAUGCAGUGGAAAGGAAACAGAUCACUCCAAAGUGGGAGGUAACAGGGAAAACUCUAGUGUUAGCUUCUGCAUCUUCUGGAUCAAUUCAUGGAGCAAAGAAUAUGAAUAGCAUGGAAGUGCUUUAUUUCUUGGUCUACACUGGUGACCAGGACUUGACUUGACAUUAUCCAAAUAGCAGCUCAAGGGGGGACUGACUCCCUGUUGCCAGUUAAGGAGGCGGGAAGGCUUGGUUCAGACUCACUGAUUACUUUGGAGAACAUGGUCUUUUGUGUCCUUUAUCUUUCCUCAAGAGUCCAAGUGUCUCUGGUGACCUUUCUAUGAUCCUUGUAACUGAUACCCUAAAGGCGAAUGAGUUGGGCAAGUCAACCCAAUUGACCAUGUGGUCUACUGAGAAGCUUAGCAAUAUUUCUUAUUUAUUUUUAUUUUUUAAAACAUCUCUUAACCAUGUUAUCCUGAAAUUUGUGAGCUGUGUCCCAAGUGAACCAUGAUAGGUAGAAUAUUGUUCGUGAUGAAUUUUCUCUUUAAAAAAUUAAUUAAGGUCGAUGGAAGGCGUUUGUAUAUUUUUAGCAUUCUGACUUAUUUAGACCCCAAUAUGCUUUCUUGAAUGGGAAGGAAAAAUGUGGUGUUAGCUACUGAGCAGGGAUCUACACAUAACCCCAGCCCCAGCCUGCUGGCUAUGGGUGCCGUGGGAAACCUUUGCGUGAAGGCCUCAUCCACCAGGUGAUGGAUGUGAGGAGAUGCAAAAACUGUUGUGCAAAAGUAGAAAGGUGGAUAUUCAAACAGAUCCCGCCUGAAAGGGCUAAUGUGGAGGCUCUGUAUACACCCUGCUUCCAAAAGGCUGUCUUUCUCACAAACGUGGACAAGAUAUAGGACACUGCUGGUAAUAAAAACGCUUCUAACCACA